UAUAGUUCCUACUCAAUUGUUUACAGAUAAAUAUGAUUUAUGUAUUUUUAGUUGUGUUAAUAAUAUUUUAUAUGAUCUGCGAUGUUAAUUAUUUUGUGAGGACGCUGUUUACGGUUUGGAGCAGCAGAAUGAUUCGGAAUAAAAAAUAUCCCACACUUAGUGACGUCACAACUGUGUACGGGAUAUGUACAUUACAAGACUGCGAUAUUUGGUUUGAGAAUUUACGUUUAGCGAGACUUGUACGAGACUUGGAUUUUGCACGCUACCACUUUUACGAUCAGACGGGAAUUUACCAGCGCAGUUGUCAACUGGGUAUACAUUCUCUCCAGGGGUCUACACUGACUGUGACUUUGUCUCCUAUACCACUGUUUGCGAUUUACAAAAUCAACACUAAGUUGGUGUAUUGGGAUGAACGUUCACUAUUUUUCGAACACGAAGUAGUGACAGUACGUGACAACGAAGUGCGAUCUCUUCUAGUGUCUCGUCAGUACGCCAUAAGAAACUCAGAUGCUUCCACCACUAAUCUCCUGUUGGAAGAGUUACCAGGAUCGCAGAGUAAAACGACAUGUCCGGAGUAUGUUAAGAGCUGGUUGGAUAGCAUGGAAAUUAGUAGCGCGAAAUUGAGAAUUGCAACUAAAGAUAAAUAA